AAUGAGGCCAGUCGAGUAAAAUAUCCGGAGUCUUGUGGUAGCACAACCACUUUCCAUCCCCCUGCACUCAAGGCAACAUGGAGGUGAAGGAUGCGCCUGUCAACGGUGGUGUGUCCAUCCUUCACACAGUCAGGGACGGGAAACAUCACUAUGAAGUCCAGACCGUCCUUAAGGACAAGAAAGCCAAGAAAGGAUUUUUUAUGAGGAGAGGAGAUACACUUCUGAAGAUCAAUGGCUUAGACUUGCAAGAUUUAUCUCCAGAGAUGUUUGCGGAGAAGUUGUCUGAGGGCAGUCCCAUGCUGACUCUACACCAGUCAAGCUCUGACCAAUCGGAGACGGUUCAUCAGACGCCCGAUGCCCUCCGUCCAGUCAAGAAGGAAGACCACAUCAUGGAACUGUGUCUGAGCACAUCCAGAGAGCUGGACGACUGCAGUGGCGACGAAGAUCUUCAGGUGGAAGAUGAAGAUCUCCAGGAGGAAGAUGAAGAUCUCCAGGAGGAAGACGAUUGUCUCCAGGAGGACGGCAUGCUGCUGCUGGUGGAGAUGGUGGGCACCAGCAUGUCGGUGGUGAGGGGAAGGGGCUGUGCCCAUGGGGAGACAUGCCAGGACUGUGGGGGCACCGACUGCAACCUUGAUGAAGUGGUUAUGACGUCCACGAAGGUCUCCUUAGUGUCGAGGGGAAUUUCUGAUUUUCUACAUGAUAAACAGCAAGAGAACAUUGCUUUGGAGGGUCUUCUGCCCCGUUUGUUUGUCAACUGUAAUGGCAAUCAGACAAGACUGAAAGAUAGACCAGCAAAGAUGACGAUCUACUACUACCAGUCCGACCACCUGGACGGUCCCUCUAAAGGGGUUCCUGUUGUAUUGAACUUCUCCGGGACUGACAAGUUCAUCCAAUGCUCCAGACAUCCAGACAGCCUUGAAGCAACCGUAAAUGUAAUGCCAUACGAAAAGAGCAAACUGAAAAGCAUCUCCAAGGAGGACCACGAAAGCUUGGCCUUUGUCUUCUACAUGAAAGCACAACGCUCCAGGGAGCGAAUCUUCGAGUCUGCACACUGUGAGGGCUUUUUCAUUCAUUCCAAAAACAAGGGUUUAACGGCAAGUAACAUGGACCUGGAUGAUACCUUCUACUUUAUCAUCCAUGAGGCCACGUAUUUGAGUUGUUGAGACUCAUACAUCUGCACUCCAGCUCCAGCCAUCAAGCAUCCUAGAUUUCUCCCCAUGAUGGUCCUCAGACCCUUAGCCACCUCCACUGAGCAUCCUAGAUUUCUCCUGUCCCGUAGUGCUGCUUAAUGGGACAAACACACUCUGGGUAAAGGUCAGGAGGCAGGGAGGCUACACCGGCCAUGGAACUGAAGCCUUCCACUCACAGAGCGUCUGCUGCAGCAAUUAGCCCCUGAUGUAAUCAGUGGAACUGUCCACACUAGACAUGAUGGCAGUGCAUACUGUAAUAUUACGCUCAAAAGAAUUAGACCAGUCCUCUAAACAUGUCAGUCUGUCCACACUAGACAUGAUGGCAGUGCAUAAUAUUACGCUCAAAAGAAUUAGACCAGUCCUCUAAACAUGUCAGUCUGUCUAUAGUCAAGAUGGCAGUGCAUACUGUAUGUUCAAAAGAAUAAGACCAGUCCUCUGAACAUAUAUGAUCAGUCUGUCUACACUUGACAUGAUGGCAGUGCAUACUGUAUGUUCAAAAGAAUUAGACCAGUCCUCUAAACAUAUAUGAUCAGUCUACAGUCUGAUGAUGUCUACACUUGACAUGAUGGCAGUGCAUAAGAACCUGAACAUGAACUAACUUUAGUGGUUCGUCAUUAUGUCGUCUCUGUAUAAUUUUGUGUGAAACUGGAACACCAAACCCACCGAGGCAAGAAGUGUAUGAUUAUUUAUUUGUGUAUUUUCAGUGCUAGACAAACAUGCAUUUGGAAAAUAAUGGAGCAUAUGUUUACAAUGCAAAAAUAUUAUUGGGAAUGUGUGUGUGUGUGUGUGUGUGUGUGUGUGUGUCUUUUAUCCAGAAAACUGUGGUGAUGUGCACGGUGCUGUUUGCUCUUUAUCUGACUAUGUGAUCCACAGGGAAGUAAUAAUGUAGCUAGUGUGGGCAAGCAGGCAGCCAGUGUUCUGUUGAACAUGUAGGAUGCAAGUAAGCUUUUAGAAAUCGAAUAAGUUAUUAAUGUGUGUUCACUGUUAUGCCUUAUGAAUAAAACAAAGGCUUUAUAUAUUGUUAAAAUGCAUCUGUAAUUAUAAAACAAAUCCCUAAGCUUAGGUCAUGUUCACUGUUACUGUUAUCUGAAAUGAUUAUUUAACCGUGUCAUCUUCACAUACUGUGGCUUCAUUUAUCACCAACGUAGAAACCAGCGCAAGUCUGAGCAGAGAAAGUAUCGUACGACGGGGCUUACGUGAGAUUCAUCAAACAUGCGUAUCACACUAAUCUCAUCGUACGAGCGAGCGGCUGUUGAUAAACACGGCGGCUGAAAUCAAUCGUAAUUAGCAUAUCACGCCUUCUAUACAAAACAGUUUAGAAGCCACACCCCUAGAGUUUACGACAUGGAGACACGAAAAUCGGCAAAGAAAAAAAAUGCACUGAGGCUCACGUCUCUGGUGAAUGCACACCGUUUAGUAUUGUUUGGCAGCAAGAAAGCAGGUAUUAGAAGCAAACAGAAGACAAAGGUAUGGAAAGAAAUAACAGUUGCAGUCAACAGCAUUUCAGAAGUCAAUCGGACUACAGCAGAGGUGUGUAUUUUAUUUUUUUUGCCAAUUUCUAUCUGUGAUGGUUAAUGAAACAUUUGAUACAACAGAAACAAAUAUAUAAUAAUUUUAUUUGAGAUCAGGUUAAGAAGAAAUGGUCCGACUUAAAGUUGGCCACCAAAACGUGUGUGGGUGCGUUAAGUCGUCUUUUUUAUAUAUACUGUAUAUAAAAAAGAAACAUAAACAUAGCUUACCCAAAGAUAUCAAUGUUAAAAGCGUAAAAUCGAUUCCUCUCUCCUCCUGAGAGCUCCUAGGUGGGGAGGUAGUGGUCAGGGAUCUCUGACCUUCUGAGGGGUAUAAAGCAGGUUCCCCCGGCUGACCCGAGACAGAGCCACCUGCGCUUUAGGAGCCCAAUGCAGCGCUCCACAGUGGCCCGUGUGCGCGGAUGUGCACUGUUAAAGUUCCUCUCCUGUUCCUGUUCUGUGUGGGGAUGUGCACUGUUAAAGUUCCUCUCCUGUUCCUGUUCUGUGUGGGGAUUUGCCAGAGGUGUAAUGAGGUACUCUGUCAGAGGGUAGCCUUUAUCACUUAGAUGAAUUACAUGGAAUUGUUAGAGUUCUUAUUGUCCUAAUUGUUUUGUGGAACAAUUAUAUGUAAACAAUGUAAACAUUUUGCCUGAUGAAGACCCAGUAGGGUCAU